GACGGAGCUGUCACGAGGUUUGUGUGGCCUACUUAUAUUUUAUUAUUUUAAAAUAUUCUCUUAUUGUUUAUAUCUCAUUUUAGAUUGGAGAGAUCUGGUCAAGAUUAUUCGACCAUCGCCCAUUCCUAAAUGGUGAAAUAAAGUUUAUGCUAAAGGAGUUUGAGGAGAAACGUGGAGAUCGAGAAGUAGAGAACUUGUUUUCUAUCCUUGAAAAACUAACUGAUAUCAAGGACAGUCAGGCUGAGAAGAUUAUAAAAACUGGGGAAACUGGCCUGCCUGUUCUGAAGGAGAAAUUAGAACAAGCGCUACAGCUCAGUGCAGAAGUCGAGAAGGAUUAUCUUGAUUCACGUAAGGUCUAUGAGCAACGAAGACAGGAACUUAAAGAAAAGAGACAAAAGGAAUGGGAUCAAUUCAUUGAUGAUAUGAACUUCAAAUGCCAAAGAAUUGACAAUACUUUUGAAGAAAAAGAAGAAGAGCUAAGGGAUUUGUAUGCUGACCUUAACCACAAACUAAAUAUUGCCAAAUAAAUAAUGGAUUCUGUAGGAUCACUUGU